UUAGGCCUUUGAAACGGGACAGCAGCGGCGGACACUGCGAUGGCACCUCCAUGGAAGGUUGUCGUGAUCUGCGCGGCUGCCUCGUAUCUUCCGCACAACGUGCACGCAGAGAUAGCCGACGGGUCGGCUAUGCCACCACCGCUUGAUGGAAGCAGCGUCAUGGAGAAUGCCCAAGUGGUCACGGCCACUCACACGUCGUCGGCGUCCCCACCCGAGUCCGCCAAAGUCACCAUCAAGGGCAUUAAGGUCAUAACAUCGUCGGUCAGUGCAUACGGGAGUGCGGACGUGGCCACGUGCACCGGCACUGGAGCUACUCCAACUACCUCUGGACGUCGGGAAGAUGAACUGUUGCCCAAAUCCAUCGAAGUCGAUGAGCGCUACCUCGUGGAUGGUCGUGCCAACAACGCCAAGAGCAACGACGAUUCCAUGCUUUACGAACUGGAUGCGUUUGAAGCGUUGCUCGGUGACAUCCAUCUGUCCUCGCAUCCUCUCACAGACUCGAUCCAAGCGGACGACGUUGCUGCCCGCCAUGACACACUCGUGCUGCCACUGGGCGAUCCUGCCUCUAUCGCGCACGACGAAGAUUCCUCAAGCACACUACCAUCAAGCCCGCCCGACGUUCGUGCUGAAGUCGUUGGCGAUGACGCAGGCAAAGGCGAUGACGACGUCGCGCAGGACUCCAUUGGUCGUCGUAGCACGGAGCAUGUCAGCCAAGCCCAUGACCUCGUUCAGGACGCCGCGACGGUGCCCAUCUCUGGUCAUGCUGCGGCCGCAAGUCAGGAACGAGAUGGUAGCUCCAACACAGAGUUGGGAGCGGCCGACGACGACGUCGUCGUUAUGUCGGUCGACAAGGAAGUCCUGCAUGUGGACGACGAAAGCCCCACGAUCCUCCCGCCUGGCAACCCCCGUGCGACCGAAACAAGGCCGAUGCACCACGACUUGCCGCAACACACGCUGCACUACCAAACGCAUGGCGCCAGUGUGCAACAUGAUGUGCCUCGAGCACACGGCAUCGCAGCACGACAUCGCGACCUCGACACUCCUCCUUCCCCACCAAGUCGUUGGCCAGUCGCGCCCGACGCCCGUCGUGAUCGUGACACCGCCGACUUCAUCGACGACUCGACAGAAUCGUCGUCUCGAACCAUGUCGAGGCACAUGGAAGCCGCAUUCUCUCAACUGCACGUCCACGGGACUCGCCUUUACGCGUCAGCGCGGUCGUCGUACGCUCGAGUCCAUGCGCUGUCGGCUGCGACUGUCGACAAGUUCUCCGUGUGGCUUGACAUGGCUCUUUCCAACGCGCUCGACGUUGUUCUCGGUGGAAUCGAUCGCGUCGAGGCCGCGCACGCGUGGUGGCGGCAUGAUGUGCUGGCAUCCAGUCAAGACCUCCAACUCGUUGUACGCAACGUGUGGGGCGUGAUGCUCUUGGCGCUCGUCGCGGCUGCGUAUGGAAUGCUCUACGUCGCGCUCAGCCACGCGCCUCGCGUCGGCCUCGAUCUGUGGCGGACCCUGGACGACUCGACCAAAGACAAAGCCCGGGGCGCCGUGCUCGUCGCGAUCGGGGCCAGCUUGGUCCUCCUCAAAACGAUGUGGUGGUACUGGGCGACGUUGGUUGCCGUCGCGUCCUUUUACUACUGGUCUGGCAAUGCCACAAGGCGCCAUGUCGAUCCGCCGCCGACAGCAUCACAGAAGCGCCCGUCCCUGUAGCCCCGACAAUAGAUGAACCAACAUACCACAUCACCAUCGAGUGGCGCGUCGUCAAAACAUCCUGCGGACGUCCGCAAGUGGCACACACCAGCGUAAAUAAGACGGGGGUUGCAUUGAUCUUGCUGGAAUGUGGCGCCGU